GUCGCGCGGGGUUGCUGCAAAUCCCUUCCAUUUCCAUACCUUAUCCUUUCACUCUCUAUCCCCACAAAAUAUCCUUUCAACAAUUACAAUAAAUGUCUGUGUAUGAAUACCACCAAGGUUGUCACUCAUAUAUACUCAGAAUAUACAUACUCCAAAUACACACAACAGAGUCAUAAACCAGACACAAUAACACUACAUCAUACAUCAUCACCUCUAGAUUUUUGUUUUCUUCACUAUUAUUCACACUGUUUUCUCCUUUUCCUUUCACACCAUCCUUCCCUUUCUUUAAACAAGCUAGUUUUGUUUUUUUUUUCCUUCUCAUCUCUAACACGGUGGGUGUCCUUCGUCCUGGUUUAGAGCCACAAAGAUAGCACAUUUUAACUUUGGAGGCUAACUAAUUCUCCGAGGACCUACGACAGAAGUAUUUUGUGUUCUGUCAGGUUCCCAAAUUAUUGAUAUCAUGGAAUCCCCACAGUCUGUUGUGUCACCAUUCAAGAACUCUGUCUUGGGUGAGGCUGAGAAGUACAAGUCUGAUAUUUACAAGCAAAGCUCGGGUCCUUUCUCUAAGGACAUUGAAGUCAAUGGAAAGGAAGCUGUCAGGUCCAACUCAGAGGAGUUCAUUGGUGCUGUUGAUGUUUACAUUCAUCAGGCCAGGGACAUUCAUAACAUCUGCAUAUACCACAAGCAAGAUGUUUAUGCUAAAAUUAGCCUGACUAGUAAUCCCGAGAAUACCGUCUCUACCAAGACCAUCAAUGGAGGAGGAAGGAACCCUGUCUUUAAUGAGAAUCUUCGUCUAAGCGUCAGGACAGUUGAUUCUGCUGUAAAAUGUGAAAUCUGGAUGCUGAGCAGGGUGAAGAAUUAUCUUGAAGAUCAAUUGCUUGGCUUUGCUUUGGUGCCUUUGUCAGAAGUGCUGAUGAAGGACGGCAAACUAGAGAAAGAGUUCUCUCUUUCCUCAACUGAUCUAUUCCAUUCACCGGCCGGUUUUGUGCAGUUGUCUCUUGCAUACACUGGCACUUCGCCUGAUGUUAUUGCAAUUUCUGCAAUGCCUACUGAGUUGGCUGCAAAUGGCACUGACAAGGACUCUGAAACUUGCGAAUCACUGGUCAGAGAUUUAGACAAGAUUGAAUUCCCGGAUCCAAAAAUUGUAAAUGAAGACCACUUGAUGGUUUCAGAAUACUUAAGUAUUCCAUGUGAGGACAGUCAGUGUUCUGCCAGCUUGACCACCAAUGAUACUGAAAAUCUGAGUUCUGAAGCAGGUGUUCAGCUUGUGGAGAGCUUCUCAGCAUGCAGUGUUGAGUCUGCACAACCUCCUAAGGUUGAUUCACCACCUACAAGUGUGUCAACAGAUGGAGUUUCAUCUCCUUCAGUGGCUGCAAGCUCAGGCUCAUCUGAUGCUGCUGCUGCUGUUGCUGCUGCUUCCAAGUCUCCAAAUCAGGAACAAGUUUCGGCCAACAAAGAGAAAAAUGGGGAGGACAACAAUGGUGAGACUGAUUCCUCAAAUGGGGUGGUGAAGGAGUCAUUCCCUAAGCCUGUUGUGACCGUUAACAUCGAGCCUGAGUCAAAUGUGGUGCAGCAGGACAUAGUCGACAUGUACAUGAAAAGCAUGCAGCAGUUCACAGAGUCGUUGGCGAAAAUGAAGCUUCCUAUGGACUUUGAAAGUGGACCAACUAGUUCAGGAAACUCAAGCUCCGAACAGAAGAUACAGACACCAAAGAGCUCUAACUCCCGUGUGUUUUACGGCAGCAGGGCUUUCUUCUGAACUUUUAGUCUGCUUUGGUUCAUGGGAAUACUUUCAGGUGACUUAGAUUUUAGAAUGAAAAAAAGAAAAAAAAAGGAAACUGAUAUCAGUAGUGAAUGAAAUAAUGCAUUGUCCAGUGAGAUUCUCAGCUUGUGUACUUCUUGAUCUGAUAUAGGCAACAGGGAAUCUUAACUUUGUACUCUCACAGGCCUGGUCCUAUCUUAACUGCUACAUGAACUUUUUCUUUUUCUGUCUCA